CUUUUCCUGAAAAGAAACUCCUAUUCCAAGGAAACUCGUACUCCUGAAACCCUCUCCAAGAAAGGAAACUCCUCCUACAAGAAAGGAAACUGAUACUCUCAGUGAUCCAAUUUGAGUAAAAACUUCAACAGAAAACGGAGAAAACCGAAGACUAACAGCAGCAAGUGAUCGAAAACCCUAACGCCAUGAGUUCUUCUCAGAGCAAUCGAAAGAAUAUUCCUGAUUUUAAAUAUUCCUGCAACAGACGGUUUGUCAAAUGAUGAAGUUGAAGUAGUACAACCUGUGGUAGAGUCUACUGUUAAUGAGAAUUUGGUUGAGAUUCCUGUGUCGGGUACUGAGGAGGUGCAGCCUUUGGUAGGGGAGCCUCUUGUAGAGGAGGAGCCUGUAUUGGAUCCCAUAGGUGUUCAAUGUGACACAUGUAACAAAUGGAGACUAGUGGACCCCAGGAGGACAGAUGAUUUAUCUGCUGAGCAAUGGUAUUGUGUGUCUUCUCCGUACAAUGGGAGCUGUUAUGAUGUGGAGGCAGAUCCUAUUGUUUUUGGUUUGAUGUGGAGGGAAACAACAUCCACGGUUCCCUCUUCCUCUAUUGUUUCUUCGGCCUCUGCACUUCUUCCUAAGAGUAAAAAGUUAUGCACAUCAUCUUCACUUCCCAAGUCGAGUUCUACUCAUCCUAAGACGAAGAAGUUAUCAUCUGCAAAUAAGUCGGUUGCUUCAAGUUCUACUCUUCCUGUUCCGAGGAAACCUGCAGCCACUCCUUCAAAUUUAGUAAGGACAUCUGGAUAUGUCCGAGGUGGAAGACAGCCACCAAAACAACCAAAUCUUACCAAUCAACAAGAAACUCGUACAAGUGCAUCAUCAUCUAGAAAUAGGUCAGUCGCUUCAAAUACUGCUGUUCCUGUUUCGAGUAAACCUGCACAUACUCCUUCAAAUUUUUCUAGUGCAUCUGGAUGUGUGCGAGGUGAAAGACAGCCAUCCAAACAACCAGACCUUACUAGUCGACAAGCAGCUGUGAAAGCAAAGGAGUCCUUAUUACUUAAAGUUGAUUUGGCUGAGAAGAAUGUUGUCGAAAGCUUCAAUGCGGCGAAAAAGAAGUUUGAAGAGAGCUUGGAAGAAGCAAAAUCGGGAUUCUCGGCAAUACGAAAUUCAAUCAUUAGGUCAUGAGAAGUUUCGAUGAGAAAAUUCUGUUCCCCGCAGAGCAGCACAAAGGAGACUGGGAAGUGCAUUUAGAUCUGCUUUUAGAUGCCUGCUUUUUUGAGGUUUUGCAAGUCGUCUUGGCCUACACAGAAACCUUUGCUACUAUUUCAUUGACUGUUAAGAUCACUGAUUCUAUUUUGUGGGAGUUGAGCAUUACUGUGGGUGACAUUUGGUACCUGCUAAUUAGACAAAUUUAAAUACAUAGAGCAUCAUUUGCCAUGCAUGUGAAUUUUUUUUUUUUUUGAAUCAUGGUUGGUGCAUAGCGUAACACUUUUUGAUGGAAUCUGCUCAAUCUUUUUAUUUUGUUUAAGAUCUGGAUGAUAUUAUCCCAAGUUUUUGUAAGUCCACGUUUUAGCCAAUAUAGACAAGUUUUGAGACCAUUUCUUUUGAGUUGUGUAUUCUAUUGA